ACCGAGCGGGAAGUUCAGAUAAUUGUUGUAAAUUUAAAUAAUAUGUAUUAAUGUAACUCGUAUAGCCACUUUAACACAACAGUAUCACUUUUUUAGAGUUUUUAACCGGUGACUUUACGUUUCAUGAAAGGCUACGUUGCAGUGCUAUUCAGUUGUCGUUGAUUAUGUUAUGUUAGCGAGCUAAACGAAGCCAGUUUAGUUUGAAGUAGAUUGAGGUUAAGUGUUAGCUUAACCUGAACCUGUUGUGUUCUUCUGUGCUUGUGUUGUUUGGGCUAAUUCUGGAGAUUAAAAGUCAGUUUGGAGUUUAAAGGAUAAACAUCUGAGUGACAUUAGAGUGAAGUUCUGUGGUCAUGUCUGCUGACACCGAGGAGAAGAGAAGCUGCAGCUCUUGCUUCGGACAGUACAUCUACACUGCUGAGGAGUACCAGGCGGUGCACGAUGCUCUGCGGAGGAAGCUGGGACCAGAGUACAUCAGUACCAGAAUGGCAGGAGGAGGACAGAAGGUGUGUUACAUUGAAGGGCAUCGUGUCAUCAGCCUGGCCAACGAGAUGUUCGGCUACAACGGAUGGUCUCAUUCCAUCUCCCAGCAGAACGUUGACUUUGUCGACCUCAUCAAUGGAAAGUUUUACGUCGGUGUCAGCGCAUUUGUCAAAGUUCAGCUAAAGGACGGGUCUUUUCAUGAGGAUGUAGGUUAUGGAGUCAGUGAGGGGCUGAGGUCCAAAGCUUUGUCUCUGGAAAAGGCAAGAAAGGAAGCUGUCACGGAUGGGAUGAAGAGGGCACUGAAAUGCUUUGGCAAUGCCUUGGGAAACUGCAUCCUGGAUAAACAGUAUCUCAUGGCCAUUAAUAAGAUCCCAAAGCAGCCGUCUCCUCCUCUGGACCCGGCCCAGACAAAGCGCUCUGACGGGGAACCCUCAGUGGAGAAGGCUCGGUUUUCCAGCCUGAGUCGAGAUGAAAAGCCGGUUCAGGCAGUAGCUCCUGCCAGGGUGCCACUGGAGCCCAAAGUCCUUAACGGCAACGAAAAUUAUUCAGAAGCUCAAACCACUUCUGGCUCUGCUCCUGACAGGAACAGUGAGAACGGCUGCUCCAGACCCACUGUAGACUCUGAGGACGUUGUCGGGGCUGAAACACCCACAGACCCUAAACAGCUGAGAAAACUCCGGCAGCAGCAGCUCCAACAGAAGUUUAGACAGGAGAUGGAGGCCAAGAAACUGCAACAGAAACAAGAACCAACCAAAUCUGAGCAGUCAGAUGUUGCUAUUGGAUGCACAGAUAACGGCCGAGUGCCUGCGUUGAGCGACGGCGCCUCGGCUCAACGGCGAACGCCCAGCAGAAGAGAUCCAUAUUUAGCAGGUGCUGUGAUCCACGUCAGACUCGUACAAUGUGGUGAGUGUUUGUUUUACAGCCUGACUCGUCUUCCUCUGCAGACGAUCCUGAAUUCUGGGAUUUCACCCUGGACGGUAUCGAGGAGUUGGACGUCCCGGCUGGCGACUUGUCCUCCAGACCCAGCACCCCGAGGAGUCACCAGAUGCAGACGCGCAGUAAGACCCCCCAAAGAGCCCUGGGUCAACCCCCAGAGCAGGCUGCACCGUACAACAGAGGACCAGGCCCUGAAUACAGACCACAACACCACAAUCAGUACCAGAGGAGACCAGGAGAAGCCGGCAGUCCGUACAGACAAGGACAGAACAUGAAGAAACGCAGACUGGACACAUAGAUGUUGAUGUUCUGUAGAAUGAUCUCAUUUUUUUUUACAUUUAUAUAUUUAUUUUAAUAUGUACUUUAAUUUCAUGAAG